AUGACGAAAGUCCUAUACCCUGCUUCCCAUGAUAUACCAAGUCUGUCUGACGAGCUCUUGGCCGUCAAAAUUGCGCGUUACUCGAGCUGUUCCGUGUGCUCCUCGUGUCGCGGACUCCGACCACCACCUAGCGUAGAAGUCGUACUUGACUCACAACAAGACGCGCUAGAAGACAUUACCGGCGGCCCUUCAGAGUACCUUCAGGAAUGCUCUUGUGGUCACUCCACUGUCGAGCAUGGUGCCGAUGCGGCCGCAAUUGGUGCGGGGGAAUUCGCGCGCAGGGGCCGUGUUGCUGUCCGGCUUGAUGAAUUCCUCGAGGAUGUUGACAAGCUACUUGAUUUCGACUACACUGACGAGGACGUAGAAGGCCUACGCCCGCAAAUGCAGCUACGGGCUUCCCCAGCAAGCUCGAUAUCGGACGCGUUGGGCUCAUUAGGCAAGUACAACGGUUGA